GGAUCUCCUGAAAAAACGACGUUGUGGGGACGUCCCCACUUUGUAAAACACCUUUUUAAGAAUGAAAUAUGCCUUCAAAAAAAUCAUUAAAAGUGCCCAAAUAUAAGAUCGUUAUUGGGCAGCAACCAUAACCAAACAGACACGAGGGGACCACCAGAGGGCGCUAUUUCCCCGUGUUCGGAUGGACAGCUCUCCGUUGGAGCGGACAGUUCGCAGCGCGGUGUUUGUUUCCGUGGGGAGCGGAAGCUUCAUGGCGACCUCCACAGAAACACGCUGAACGGAAAUACAGGGAGUCGUGAGUGCCACAAUAAACCUGAUCCUGCGCGCAGAGAAACUCAAUCACGGCUGUCUGGCGAUGGGGAGCGCUGCCCGUGCGUACCGAUCGCUGCAGGGUCUGUUUGCUGUGUACAAGCCGCCGGGAGUGCACUGGAAGCUGGUCCGGGACACGGUGGAGACCAGCCUCAUCCGAGAUCUGAACUCGCUGGGCUCGCCCGCUCCUCGCCAGACGAUCCGGUUCCUGCCGGGCCGCUGCGAGGGCACUGACCGCUCCGAGCUCACUGACCGCUCCGAGCUCACUCUGACCGCUGCCAGGCUGCCCGUGCUCGCAGACCAUCCGCUGGUGAAGGGUCCUGAGUUUCAUCGUUUGAAGGUGGGAGCCGGACACCGCCUGGACGUGCGCUCCUCGGGAGUGUUCGUGCUUGGAGUGGGCCACGGAAACAAGCUGCUGACGGACAUGUACAGCUGCCACCUCCCCAAGGAGUACACUCUGCAGGGGCUGUUUGGAAAAGCCACCGAUGACUUCUCAGACUCUGGCAGGCUGAUAGAGAAGACAACUUUCGAUCAUAUUAGUCGGGACAAGCUGGAGAAGAUCCUUGCUGUGAUUCAAGGGACGAACCAGAAAGCCCUGCUCGCGUUCUCAGGGGUGGAUCUGAAGAGUCAGGAGGCCUACGAGCUGGCAGUGAAGGGGUUACUGCGCCCCCUGCAGAAAACGCCGCCCAUCAUCACGGGGGUCCGCUGCGUGCGCUUCGCCCCCCCAGAGUUCACGCUGGAGAUCCAGUGCCUGAACGAGACGCCCCAGUACCUGCGGAAGCUCAUCCACGAGAUCGGGCUGGAGCUGCGCUCGGCCGCCGUGUGCUCUCACGUGCGGCGCACCCGCGACGGCUUCUUCACACUGCCGGACGCGCUGCUGCGCUCGCACUGGGACCUGCGCAGCGUGGGGGAGGCCGUGAGGCAGGCAGGGCCCCGGGUCCGAGCCGCGCUGAGCCUAGGGGAGGCAGAGGCAGAGCCAGGGCAGGGCUGAAGAUCAUCCACCCAUUCAUUCAUUUCACAGUGAAGCUCUCACGGAUGGAACGAGCCCUCGGCUUCACCUCGGGAUUUCCAGUCAGCGAGAGCAGGACGGAGGCUGGGAAUGUUUCUAUGGGAAGCAGGGAGUCAGCGGGGGGUGGGAACUUGCAGAAUGGAACUUUUAUUGCAAAGUCUUGAUUCAUUCCAGAUAUUGGAGAUCAUCGAAGGAGAUGCAUGACUUUGUUUAUUGAAUACUCUGCAUGGCAGGAAGUUUAAACAUAAAUGAAUUGUUUCUAAGCUUGAGUCAUUUGUCAUGCCUGCUCUCUGCUGGAGGGAUGUGAACCAGUCACUGUUAUCACUGGGGUCUCAUUCUCUCCAGACUGCUGGAAGGGGGUCUUGUUAUUCUCUCCAGACUGCUGGAAGGGGGUCUUCUUAUUCUCUCCAGA